AUGGCGAUCCGGUGUAGGUUGGAAAACAUUGACGACAGUGGUGUCUUGAGCGAUCUCGACGAACGACAAUUCUGCGGACUGUAUACUCUACGUGUCACGCUGGAGCACGGAGUUGCACCACCAGACUCGAGAUUCGUGUCCUCGAGGCACGCGUGUGAUCUAACCCCUCAGCUCGAGCAACUACGUCAGGUCUCAACUUCAGAAGUCGGACAAGAGGCCAAAAUGUCUGCUUCUGAAGACGAUUGGGAGGGUUUAAAUAAUUGGAACCAUGAGGGAUGUAAUCUCGUUCUCAAUGGCGAUUUUGAGCUCGGAACUGGUGCUUCGCCCGCGAAUUGGUCCGUGGAAGGCACAUACCAGAUUGUCACCGGCCAGAACAAUUCUCGACACGCCGUCGCGAUUGGCGGUCUCAAACCCGCAAGGGCGGGGACGCUCGUCCAGGCUAUCACCACGUCACCCAAUGUCACCUAUGAGCUCUCCUUUUGGGCCGCGUAUGACGAUGCGUACGCACACUUGCACGGCGGUGGCCGAAUGAUCCAAGUCCACUUCGGCCAAGGUAUUUGGGAAGUCAAUCCCGUUGACGAGAAUUGGGUGAAAUAUGUCGUCAGCGCCAAAGGCAAGGGCGAGGGGGAUGCAGUCGCCUUUGUGGUUUACGACUUGGAUCAAGCGAGGUUUGUGAUUGACAGUGUCAGCCUUGUUCCAGCUGCGUCUUCAAAUGCGACGACCACGAAUGCGACCUCAUUAUCGCCGCCUACUAUCACUCCCACACCGACAUUCGCAACGUCGGUAUCGAGUGCAUCUGUAGCAUUAGUAUCCUUGAUUCCCAUCACUACUAGUGGAGCAAGUCUCGUCAAUGGGACAGCGACCAGCUUUGCGACGACCACCGUCUUUGUCGACUCGCCCCUCCCAACUCAAUCGUCUGCAGCUCCCUCCAAGACACUAGAUUGGAAGGCGAUUGUUGGAAUCACAUGCGGUACAAUCACAGUUGUUGCAGUUGCGAGUACGCUAUUAUAUUGUUUCUGUAGACGAUAG